UCUAUGAACGUUCUUCAUUCGUUCGUACGCUUUGAGCCUGUUCGCCGCGUUUAUGCGUCGUGUGGUUUAGCCGUUGCUGUAACAGCUGUCACCGCUAUCAUCGCUCUACCCGUGGGUAUUUGUUUUACGUCGUUCUGACUUCAAUUUCAUUUUGAAAGCGAAAGACGAUGGUCAAAAAAUUCUUGUAGCAAAAUUUGCCAAGAAACGUUCGUCAAUCAAACUACCUACAACUAUAGCCAGAUAUAUAGUAUAUACCCGAGUGGUGUUUGUGAAAAUUAUAAAAAUUCAUAAGAGAAUUUUUUUGAGGCGGUUAUGCUAAUAUACCACCAUUAUAUAACAACAACUACAACAGAAAUAUUUUAAAACCAACGUUGGCAUACACAGUCAACAUCAUUCCACCACACAACCUGCAACGCAAAGAAUAUAUUGCGCUCAAAUCAAAUCAAAAUCGGAAAUCGUGAAAUAAUUAAUACAAAGUUUUUGUCCUUUUUUGCGUUUCUAAGCCAGUUAAUAAUUACUAAUUUUUUUGAACAAUAAAAUAGCAAGAAAUUGCGUGUGUUAAGAAAUUUGAAAAUAAACGUGAAAUUUACUUUUUUUUGGAUCGUUUUGUUCAACAACGAACAAACAAUAGCAGCAGCCAACUAAAGCGGAGUCAAUAAUUUCGUGCUUUUCCUGAAAACAUCAUUAAAUAAUGAAAAUAUAUCCUCAGCGAUAUUGUGUACUUUCUCAACUGGAACUGGAAGUGGACUCGAUUAAUUAAAUUGUGCAAGAUUUGUUUUUCUCUGCAAAUACCAAAAAAAAAAGAAAAAGCGCAAUAGUCGAAAUAAAAAUACUUUCGACUAAUUGCCAGAACUCAUCAACUAAAAAAUAUCGUGAAAUUGUUUAAAGUGCAGAAAUUCAGUGAAUAGCUUUUACAACGCAAGCAAUUAAAUUUCGUGCACAACUAAAUAUAUUUGAAACGUGAUUUACCUAUAUAAUAAUUUCUGAACGACAACACCAGCUAAUUUAGCCGGCGAAGUCACAGCAAAAAAUACAAAAAGCUGUGAGCAAUUGUUGUCAUGCAUAGAGUUGAAAACAAUACGAAAUCAUUAAAAAUCACGAAAAUUCGGAACUUUGCAAACAAUAAACAAAAGAAGAAACUCAGUGCAAAUAUACUCUUAUUACACAAUUUGUGUAACAGUUUUUGUGGGCAAAGUCUAAAUGUGAAUAAAAAACAAAUAUUGAAAACAAUAAACGACGCGUACGACAAUUUUAAUUCCAAAAAACAACUCACAAGAAUAUUUACGGCAACAAGUCUAUUUACGAAAAUCGACUUAAAUAUUGUUGUUUUACCUGCUUUGCGCAUAGAGUGAGACCUUGAAAGGUAUUUAACUAACAGCAAAAUAGCUUGGAAUAUAAAACUACGAAAAAUAGUUGAAUAGAGGAAAAAAAGAGGGAAGAACCGCUACAAUUAAGCCGAAGUCGUCCUCCUCUUCAUCCAAAACAAUUCAACGCAAAUUCCAGUAGAGCCAUUUGUGGUGAGCUAACAACACAAGCACAAAAGGCAGAGGCUAAGCAAAAGCCAAAUUCUAGAAGGAAAAAUAGCAACGCGAACCUACUACCUUCCAAGAUUGUGCGGGGUAGGCAAACGCUCGGUCAGACAACACUACGCCAGCAAAGGUCAAAGUGACAGUAAACGGGAAUAGAGUGUUUAAUCGCUUCCUGUCGUCCAAGCAGCGCGUACUAUUUUUUUAAUUGUUAUCCCUGACGAGUGCAAAAGGCGCGAAAAACAUUUCGUUUCGAAAUAAGUGUAUUGACUAAAUAGUAAAAAAAUAUAAUAACUUACGCCUAUUUGGUUGAUAAAUUUGAAAAGUGUACAAUUAAAUUUAAUAACCUUUUGACAAGGUGGACAACAGUUGAAAGGACGUUCCAAGUUGCAAAAAACUUACCUGUCCUCCACUACUAAUUACUUUUUUUUACUACAAAAAAAAAAGGAUUUUUACAACAAUUGAGCAGAGCUCGCUUACUUGCUCUACAAAUCGUAAGUCAACAUUUUCUACCUCCAAAGUGUAUUCGACAAGCAGUAAAAUUCUACCGCAACGAGUACAAGAACCAGAUAUUUUCGACACCAUUUUUGAUUUUGACCCGUUUGAAAACGAAUCAAAAAUGGCCAAAAUUUGCAACACAUUUGGCACCUCACCACUUUUAGGUGGUCUUUACCUGGGCGAACAGUCGGAGGACUACUCAAUCAUACGUCCCGAUCCCAGUGAAUUAUUCGAGGAUCUAAUACCCCUUUGGGGCAAUAGCAUUUGGGGUGACAUACAGAAAAUGGAUAACGGUAAUGAUUUGCCCAUCAGCGGCAUACCCGAUUACUGUUCAAUCAAGAAUGAGAUACGCAACGGCGACUGUAUGUGGUCCGGCCAAUCACAGACCGAGUUGAGCACCUCGGCUACCUCGACAGGUAGCGACUUGCAAGUGACACGCGCUGUACCGUUAUCGGCCGUCACCGCCAAGCCAGCACCAACUGUUGUUGUUGCCAACAAUAAUAAACAUAAAAUGCAGGCCGCACAAAAGCCAGCACAGCAACAGCAAUAUGUUGAGGUAAAGCGUGAAAUCAAAAUGGAGCCGAGCGAUGAUUACGAGAAUCAAUUGCAACAACAUAGCAUACCGAAUGUACGCAAUGCCACAACAACGUCACAACAGCAGACGUCGUCGGCACAAAGUAUGCAACAUAUACCGCCUGGCACAUCGCUGCUGCGUAAAUCCAAUGUGUCGCAACAACAGCUGCAACAACAGCAGCGCAAAUUGCAAAAACAUCAACAAUUGCAACAUAAACUCUCCACAUUGCAUUUGUCGGGCAGCGCCACAACUACCAACAACAAAUCGACCACACUCAACAACAACAACAGCGGUGUUGUAACAGCCUUCGACACCAUGGCCUAUGAGCUGCCAGAAACUCCACCAUCCCUCGAUGACGAAGCCACCGAAUUCAAACCGACCAACAUUGAUUUGCGCGCCUGCAUGAUGGGCAGCAAUAAUAUCUCUCUGAAUGCCGGCAUUAUCGACAACAUUAGCAAAGAAUUACAGGACACGAGCAAGGAUAAAAUCAAUACACGUCUCACCUCCGAUCAUCCCGACAUACACGAAGUGCUCGAUGUUAUCAUGCGCGAUGAACACAAAUCCGUUAUGUACUCGAAUAAAAUGGCCACCUCCUCCGAUUGUGAGUCGGAUGAGGAUGAAGAGAGCACCGCCAAUUCCGGUUAUGGUUCAGCGUCGUCAUUGCUCGACGGUGACCUGUCAUACGGACGCACAUCGCCGGUACCGAGUCAAGCCUCCAGCCAAACGAGUAUGAACCACCUGCACGCCACACAAGCACACUGUCACAGCGAUCACAGUUACACACGCUGCAAAGAAGGCAUGGACGAUCUAUCAAGCUCAGCGUUUACACCCUCCGAUUCCGAUGAAGAAAUCGACGUUGUAUCCGUUAGCGAUAAGAAGUUGCCCACAAAUCCUUCAGAUCGUGAUCGCCGCGCCAUCGAACACAAAGUCGGCUUUCGUUUCUCCACCGCGCGCAUCGUCAAGAACCCCAACGGCAUACGCACCAUACCGCCACGUCGUCACGGCGCCUACACGCUACCCUGCUCGCCGGCCAGCAGUAGUCCCGUGAAGUCCGUCGCCACCUCACGUUAUCCCUCACCAUCGGGCACACCCUAUCACACCGCUACCUAUGCCAAUAAAUAUUUGCAACAACAAGGUAACAUAAUUUCCGGUGAAAACCGCAUUAUCGCUGGCGAUAAAUCGCGUAAACGCCUCACUGUGCACGGCAGCAGUGAAUUGACGCGCGACCUGGAUUACACAUUGCCGCCCAGUAAGAAGCAUCGCGGCAAGAAGUCGUCGUCGUCGUCCUCCAAGCAUGCUGGUGGUCAUCACAGCGCAGUGCAUAACGCUAGCGGUAGUGACGCGUUGCGUCGUCACUUCAGUCUCGACGAGAGCGCCGACACAAUUGAAAAGCGUAAUUUGCAUAACGAUAUGGAGCGUCAACGGCGCAUCGGUCUCAAGAAUCUAUUCGAAGAGCUGAAGAAACAAAUACCCAGCAUUAAGGAUAAGGAGCGCGCACCCAAGGUGAAUAUAUUGCGUGAGGCGGCCAAGUUGUGCGAGUCGCUGACACGCGAAAAUCAGCAGCUCUGCGAUACGAAAGAAUUGCUCAGGGAGCAAAUGCAUAAGCGUCAAGAGCAUUUGGCGCGCUUACGCAACUUGAUGCGCGAUUGAUAGCCGUUAUGGCGUGUGCGGCCGCGCGUGGCGCAAGCGGCGUGCGGUGGCGGUGUGAAAGCUAAGAAGGACGACGGUCAAGAUAUUGCGAGCGCGGCUGGCGGUGUGGUUGGCGCGGUAGUUGAAAUAUGUGUGCGAAAGCUGCAACGAGAGCGCCACGGAGCGCACAGCGUCAGGCGCAAGUCGUCUGUCGUACAGUGUAUGGAGGAGCAGUGGUAAAAAAAUUUGUAAAAAUGUAAAUAAUCAAGCAAACUAUAAAUGUUAAAAUGUGCGCGUGCAGCGCGCUGGCAUAAGUAAGCGUGAAACAUUGUAAAAAAAAUAUUUUUUUUUUUUGUAAAAUAACUGUUUUGCAUAUGGUAGUUAUAUGAUACAGACAUGCAGGCGUGUGUAGACAAGCGCGCCGCGGCAGCAUAGUUUGCGCGCGCAGGUCAAUACAGAGAGAGUUAUGAGCGCGCUGUUUUUUUUUUUAGAAAGUUGAUAUAGUUAAUACUAUUUUUUUUUUCUAUUUUAAAAUGUAUAAAACUUUUGAUGAUUAGUAAUAAUAAUACACACAGACCUUUACUAUUAAUAUUUACUAAAAAUUAUAAUUAUUAAAAUUAAUUAUAACUAAUUAAUAUUGAUUGCUACUUGGUUUUUGUUGAAGCGUAGACGAUAAGUUGAAAUAAAUUUGAAACAUUGAUGAACUCAGUAACAAAAACAAUUUGCUAAUGCAGGGUUUUUAGCAUCUUAGCUACUUGUAUAUAAUAAUAACAACAACUACAACCCUUGUAAAGCUUGUAAUAACUUAAAUUGAUUUGUUUUCUUAUAUACUAUAUGUACAUACUUAUAUAUAUACGUAACUAAACAAAAUUGAUAAAAAACUACGGUUUACUUUGAUAAAAAAUGCAAGGAUCUAGCAGGAGCAAGAGAGAGAGAGAGAGAGAGCGAUGAUUGUAUUGAAAAAAAGCGCAUCUCUGUGCUCAAGCUUUGAGUUUAUUCGAAAGAAAAAAAUCAAAUUCAGAAAGCGCCCGUGCUCUUUUCGAAAUAACGCUCGAUGCUCUGCUCUGUAAGCGGCUUAAAGCGUUGCAUAUAGUUUUAAUAAUUAAGUUUGCUUCCAUUGCAAUGCUUAGUGUAUAGUGUUUUUUUUUAAGAUAAUUACAUAAUUACUCUUUAUUACAAUUACUAUGUAUAUAUGAUAUAAUAUGUAUAUAUAUACAUACACACAUACAUAUUUACUUACAUUUAUAUACAUUUUAAAUUUUUGUGAUAUCAUUUUUCUUAACCAAAACGAAAAACAAAAACAACAACAACAACAAACAAAACUUAAAGUUAGUAGAAAAAAAAAACAAAAACAACCAACUAAUGACAUGAUGAACUCUUGAGCAUGAAGCAAAGAAAUUAUUAACUGGACAAAACGAAAUUCACGCAAAAGCACGUGAAUACAAGGAAGCAUACAUAAAAACUAAAUGCUUAUAUAACUAAGAAACCCAGAAUUGCAA